AGUGACCUGUCCGAAAUAUCACUAGACGCUUCUGAAUUUUUAAUUCCUACAUUCGUAGUCACUGUGUUGCAGCACCGUGCAUUGACAAGUAGGGCCAGGCAAUGGCAAUGACAUAUUGGCAUUGGUGGUUGCUCAUGGGGGUGCUGCAGUGCUGGGUUCGGCCCAAGUCAUGUUUGCGCCGCUUGUCGACUGUUUCAAUGAGGUUGGCUAACCAUCUUGAACUCGCACAUAGUUACAAAGUUCAUGUGGACAUCGCUGUACUGGAAACGGUUCACAGGACACAUCUUCUAGAUUGUGCAGUGUACCACCACCAUGCUGGCUAUCCAAGUGACUGACUCAACAAUUCCUCGAAAGUAGAAAAGCGCAAACUCAGUCUCUCUAUAGUAGACUCUC